AUGGAAUAUGGCUUGCCCGUUGCCGACGUAGAGAGAGACGAGCUUGCGCAGCGGGGGAUCGCCGCCUAUAGCAUCGAGAAGAUCACGAAAAAUGAAAACACCGACUCCCGCGAACUCUUCCCGCGCAAGAAGGGCCCCAGGGCCGAGCCGUUGACGAGGCACCUGGACCCGGCGAAACACGCUGGGGACUUGGUUGGCAACGCCAUUUCAGAGAUGGACAUGGGCAUGUUGGAGACCACUGUGGAGGAGCUCCAAGACGGUUGUGCGUUUAUCCCUAACUGCUUGACGUUCCAACUGCGGCGCAGAUAUUCCGACAUUCGCUUGGCCGACGCCCUGAAGUCUCACGGCGCAUCCCAGCUCUUAGCUGCCAUCGCGCGCUGGAGCGGGCCUGCUGACCAGAUUUUAACUGGGGGCAAGCCUCAGCUUUGCCUCCUGGGCUGCUCGGACGAUGAGAAGAUCGGACAUUCCGAGGCGAUGUCGGACAGGCUCUUGUCUGGCGUCGUGAAGUUGGGCGAGUCUGGCGAGACAGGCGCGGCUGCCAUCGCGGACGCGCGCCUCUCAUAUUGCGCCCUCAAGUCGGUGACGGACGCGGAGUUGCCCUCGACGGCCCUGAAGGCGUUGGUGCUCGCCGCGUUCGCGGGCGGGCACGCGGGCCUGGCCCGCGCGAUUGCCCUCGGCGCCAACAAGGGCAAGGCAGACGAGAAGCGAGCGCCUUACAAACUUCACCUGUCUCUGAAGUUCAUGCCGCGCUACGAUGGGAUGUUCAAGGAGUUUCGUGCGAAACAACAGUUCACCGAGGAGUUCCCGUCGAAUCUUCCCGCGACAGAGGUGGAACCCUGCAAGGGCGCAACUGCCGCAGGGAAGAGCGGACUGCUCGGAAACCUGCUGACCCAGAUGGGCCAGGUGGCCACUAAGUGCAGGACGGGCGCGUUCGAGCACCUUGCCGAGCUGCCGACGUCGUCGUUCGAGACGAUCAUUCGGCCCCUGAACGUCGCGAGCCCGACCGCCGUCGACGGCGACGCCUACAUGAAGCUCGCGCCGGCAGGCCAGCGCCCGAAGCAGGGGCAAGCCGUCCCACCAGACAACGUCGAGGCUCGGAUUGCGCACAACAAGGCUGCGGAGAUAGCCAUGGCCACGACCGGGAAGGCCGACUACGCGAACAACGUGGUCAAGGUCCUCGAGAAGUGCGCCCAGCUGGAGUCGGGGGGCGCGCUGAUGGACGCCGUGCGAAAGGUCGAGCGCGCGCUCAAGGGCGCCGUCGAGGCAGGCUCGGGCAUCGAGGCGCCCGUCAUGGACAGGCUCGAGAAGCCCAUGCAGGCUGUCUUCGGCUACGCAAAUGAGAACGUCAAUGCAAUACCAGAGAGCCUCGAGUCGGUCCUGCAACUUGUCAUGGUGGUCAGAGACAUGCACCUGCAAGAGGCUCGCCAGACCUUCUCGGGAUCCCUCGACGCGAUCAUCACGACCGUGACUGCAUGGAGUGCCACUCUUUCCAUUUCAAGCAAGUUCGAGACGGGCUGGCCCGACCUUGCUUCGAAGGCAAUGGGCGCGUUCGUCGAGAUGCUGGAGACGAAGGUGGGUGAUCUCAAAGUGGAGUACCUGAGGGGCGCAACGAGGGGCAAGGCCGACGACUUCGACGUGGUGCGGCCGAUCUUCACGAAGGCAGUGGCCGACCUCGACGGUAACCUGUUCCCUCUGAAGCUGAAUGUCCUCCAGACGUCCCAGACUGACGUGGCCAAGGCCUACGAGCUCUUCUCAGAGCCAGUGCUACCAUAG